AUGACCACAGUGUCCAUGGAACCUGUAGGAGUCCUUGUGGAAAGGGGCGCCAAUGCCACUGACCCACCUCUGAACACGCAUGAGGACUCAGCUGCCACCUUUACCAUUGGAACUAUCCUCUCCAUCAUGUGUUUCGUUGGAGUCUCAGGAAACAUCUAUACCUUGGUGGUCAUGUGCCAUUCCAUGAGGACUGCUGCCUCUAUGUACAUCUACAUCAUAAACUUAGCUUUGGCAGAUCUGCUCUAUCUUCUCACCAUACCCUUUGUAGUCUGCACUCACUUUCUUCAGGGAUGGUACUUUGGAGAUGCAGGGUGUCGGAUUCUCAUCAGCAUGGACUUCCUGACCAUGCAUGCUAGUAUCUUCACGCUAACAAUCAUGAGCACUGAGCGCUACUUUGCUGUGCUCAAGCCACUGGACACAGUCAAGCGGUCUAAAAGCUACCGGAAGGCCAUCGCUCUGCUGGUUUGGGUUGCAUCGCUCAUCCUCACCCUACCGAUGGUCAUGAAAAUUCAGCUGAUGACAUCGGGCAACAAGGCCAUGUGUCAAACCACCUUGUCGCCCCUCUUCUAUAAGGUUUACAUAUCCUUCCUGUUUUGCACUAGCAUAGUCGCUCCUGGACUGAUUAUAUGCUAUCUCUACAUCCAACUUGCGCGCACUUAUUGGGUUUCACAGACGGAGACGUUCAAACAGACCAAGAAACUUCCCAAUCAAAAGGUGCUGUACCUGAUAUUCACGAUCGUGCUCCUCUUCUGGGCUUGUUUCCUGCCCUUCUGGAUCUGGCAGCUGCUGGGCCAGUUCCACCCUUCAAUGUCCCUGUCCACCAAAGUCAAACGAAACAUCAACUAUCUGACCACAUGUUUGACGUAUUCCAACAGCUGCAUCAACCCUUUUCUGUACACACUGCUCACCAAGAACUACAAGGACUACCUGAGGAAGCACAAGCGCUCCUGGGCCGCUGGCAGCUACUUCAACAGGAGGAGUCGCUUCCAGCGUUCCCCGCGCAGGUCGCCAUCUUCGAGCAGUCAGCAGUGCACUGAGAGCUUUAUGCUUACGCACACAGCAUCCCUGCGAGCACACAACAGCAGUUUGUAAGAUGCGACUGAACUGUGCUGGGAGAGAAAGUACAAGAAGAACCGGUUGGAGAUGAAACAAACAGCAGCAGACCCUGAACUUCUCUUCACCACAGCCACGAAAGAGAGUGCUGAAGAUUGAAGCUCUUUGUGUGUUUGCAGUCUAAUCUGUGAGGACGCAUGAUACAUGAACAACAGAAAGAACUGAAUGAAAAGCUGCUUGCUGCUGUUAUGGACAAAAAAAGACACCCUCAUCUCUCGGUCUACGUUCACAUGUAGCUUUGUUUGCUUUCCCUUAUGUUUACUGUCUUUUGCCCCCAUGAUGCAUUGAGUCAGGGACAACAAAAUGACCUGAUGCACAGGUGAGGUAAGAACAGUGGUAGGAUUUGAAAACCAAAGGGGAAAUAAUAUUGUGAUGUCACCUUAUAGCUGGAGACAAAGUAAGAG